AUGUCCGAAUUGACUACCCGCAAAUACUUUGACAACAUUUACAUUCCCGCUGGUCUGAUCGUCUUCGGAUGCUUCAUUACCAAGCGCGAAUGGACGCCGUACGCUGUUGCCCUGGCGCUCGCGCUGGCAGCCUACAAGUUCAACGCCAUGCAGAUCAAGAAGGUCCUGAAGCCUGAUACCUUCCAGGACUUUGAACUCAAGGAGAAGACCAUCAUCUCGCACAAUGUCGCCAUCUACCGCUUCAACCUCCCCAGCGAGAAGGCCAUCCUCGGCCUGCCCAUCGGCCAGCACAUCUCCAUUGGUGCCAACUGCCCCCAGCCUGAUGGCACCACCAAGGAGAUUGUGCGCUCCUACACUCCCAUUUCUGGCGACCACCAGCCCGGCUACUUCGACCUCCUGAUCAAGUCCUACCCCACCGGUAACAUCUCCAAGUACAUGGCAUCGAUGAAGGUCGGACAGACGCUCAAGGUCAGGGGUCCCAAGGGCGCCUUCGUCUACACCCCGAACAUGGUCCGUCACUUUGGUAUGAUUGCUGGCGGCACUGGUAUCACUCCCAUGCUCCAAAUCGUCCGCGCUGUCAUUCGUGGUCGCCCCACCGGUGACAAGACCGAGAUUGACCUCAUCUUCGCCAACGUUACCCCUCAGGAUAUCCUGUUGAAGGAGGACCUGGACGCUCUCGCCAAGGAGGACGCUGGGUUCCGUGUGCACUACGUUCUUGACAAGCCCCCUGCGGGCUGGACCGGCGGCGUCGGUUACGUCACCGGCGACAUGAUUACCAAGCUUCUCCCCAAGGCUGCCGACGACGUCAAGCUUCUGCUUUGCGGUCCCCCGCCCAUGGUCAGCGGUCUGAAGAAGACGGCCGAGACUCUUGGUUUCAAGAAGGCCCGCCCCGUGAGCAAGCUCGAGGACCAGAUCUUCGCUUUCUAA